CCCAGAGAAGCAGCAUGGACCUGGACCUGGACUUGGACUUGGACCUGGACCUGGACCUGGACCCAGCUGUGUGUCCGUUAAGAGCAACCAGUCUAUGGAGCCACCGCUGGUUUUUAAAGAUCAAGCUUCACCAACAGUAGAAGUGGACCAGGAGAGCUCAGAGGGUCCCAGAGGGUCCCAGUGGGUCCCAGAAGGUCCCAGUGGGUCCCAGUCCACCCAGCAGCCCCCAACCCACCUGGACUCCAUCUUUAUGCUGCUGGAGGAGAACAUCGUCACUUUUGUGAAGAACGAGCUGAAGAAGAUCCAGAAGGGUCUGAGUCCAGAUUACCCAGAAUGCUCAGAGAGUCAGAAGGAGGAUGAGGCUGAAGAUCAGAGGAGGAGCAGAGAGGCGUUUCUGGAGAUCACACUGCACUUCCUGAGGAGAAUGAAGCAGGACGAGCUGGCUGACCGUCUGCAGAGCAGAAGUCAUUCUGGAGUUUAUCAGAAUAAACUCAAGUCUAACCAGAAGAAGACGUUCCAGCGUGUAUUUGAGGGGAUUGCUAAAGCAGGGAACCCAACCCUUCUGAAUCAGAUGUUCACAGAGAUCUACCUCCUGAAGGGAGGGGCUGCAGGGGUCAAUGAUGAACAUGAGGUCAGACAGAUUGAAACAGCAUCCAGGAAACCAGACAGACCAGAACCAACAUUUAGACAAGAAGACAUCUUUAAAACCCCACCUGGAAGAGAUGAACCAAUCAGAACCGUGAUGACAACGGGAGUGGCUGGCAUCGGGAAAACAGUCUUAACCCAGAAGUUCACUCUGGACUGGGCUGAAGGCAAAGCCAACCAGGACAUCCAGUUCACAUUCCCCUUCACCUUCAGAGAGCUGAAUGUGCUGAAAGAGAGAAAGUUCAGCUUGGUGGAACUUGUUGAUUACUUCUUUAGUGAAACCAAAGAAGCAGGAAUCUGCCGGUUUGAAGAGGUCCCGGUGGUCUUCAUCUUUGACGGUCUGGAUGAGUGUCGACUUCCUCUGGACUUCCUCAACACUGAGAUCCUGACUGAUGUUACAGAGUCCACCUCAGUGGGUGUGCUGCUGACAAACCUCAUCAGGGGGAAACUGCUUCCCUCUGCUCGCCUCUGGAUAACCACCCGACCUGCAGCAGCCAAUCAGAUUCCUCCUGGGUGUGUUGACAUGGUGACAGAGAUCAGAGGGUUCACUGACCCCCAGAAGGAGGAGUACUUCAGGAAGAGAUUCAGAGAUGAGAAGCAGGCCAGCAGAAUCAUCUCCCACAUCAAGAGAUCACAAAGCCUCCACAUCAUGUGCCACAUCCCAGUCUUCUGCUGGAUCACUGCUACAGUUCUGGAGGACGUGAUGAAGACCAGAGAGGGAGGAGAGCUGCCCAAGACCCUGACUGAGAUGUACAUCCACUUCCUGGUGGUUCAGUCCAAAGUCAAGAACAUCAAGUAUGAUGGAGGAGCUGCGACAGAUCCACACUGGAGUCCAGAGAGCAGGACGAUGAUGGAGUCUCUGGGGAAACUGGCUUUUGAGCAGCUGCAGAAAGGCAACCUGAUCUUCUAUGAAUCAGACCUGACAGAGUGUGGCAUCGAUAUCAGAGCAGCCUCAGUGGCCUCAGGAGUGUUCACACAGAUCUUUAAAGAGGAGAGAGGACUGUACCAGGACAAGGUGUUCAGCUUCGUCCAUCUGAGUGUUCAGGAGUUCCUGGCUGCUCUUCAUGUCCAUCUGACCUUCACCAACUCUGGAGUCAACCUGCUGACAGAAGAACAAACAUCAUCAACACAGUUCUACCAGAGUGCUGUGGACAAGGCCUUACAGAGUCCUAAUGGACACCUGGACUUGUUCCUCCGCUUCCUCCUGGGUCUUUCUCUGCAGACCAAUCAGAAUCUCCUACAAGGUCUGAUGACACUAUCAGGAAGUAGCUCAGAGACCAAUCAGGAAACAGUAGAGUACAUCAAGGAGAAGAUCAGUGAGAAUCUGUCUGCAGAGAGAAGCAUCAACCUGUUCCACUGUCUGAAUGAACUGAAUGAUGGUUCUCUAGUGGAGCAGAUCCAACAGUACCUGAGUUCAGGAAGUCUUUUCAGAUAUAAACUGUCUCCUGCUCAGUGGUCAGCUCUGGUCUUCAUCUUACUGUCAUCAGAAGAAGAUCUGGACGUGUUUGACCUGAAGAAAUACUCUGCUUCAGAGGAGGCUCUUCUGAUGUUACUUCCAGUGGUCAAAGCCUCCAACAAAGCUCUACUGAUUUACUGUAACCUGUCAGAGAGAAGCUGUGAAGCUCUGUCCUCAGUUCUCAGCUCAGAGUCCUCUAGUCUGAGAGAGCUGGACCUGAGUAACAACAACCUGCAGGAUUCAGGAGUAGAGCAGCUUUCUGCUGGACUGAAGAGUCCACACUGUAAACUGGAGACUCUCAGACUGAGUGGCUGUAACCUGUCAGAGAGAAGCUGUGAAGAUCUGUCCUCAGUUCUCAGCUCAGAGUCCUCUAGUCUGAGAGAGCUGGACCUUAGUAACAACAACCUGCAGGAUUCAGGAGUGGAGCUGCUCUCUGCUGGACUGGAGAGUCCACACUGUAAACUGGAGACUCUCAGUCUUUCAGGCUGUCUGAUCUCAGAGGAAGGCUGUUCUGCUCUGGUCUCAGCUCUGAGCUCCAACCCCUCCCAUCUGAGAGUGCUGGACCUGAGCUACAAUCAUCCAGGAGACUCGGGGGUGAAGCUGCUGUCUGCUGGGCUGGAGGAUCCAAACUGGAGACUGGACACUCUCAGGGUGGAGCCUGCUGGAGUCCGAUGGUUGAAACCAGGUCUGAAGAAGUAUUCCUGUGAACUCACAGUCGACACCAACACGGUGAGCAGGAAACUCAAACUGUCUCACAACAACAGGACGGUGACACGGGUGGAGGAGGAUCAGCCAUAUCCUGGUCAUCCAGAGAGGUUUGAAUCCUGGUGUCCUCAGCUGCUGUGUAGAGAGGGUCUGACUGGACGCUGUUACUGGGAGGUGGAGAGAAGAAGAGAGGUUCAUGUAGCAGUGAGUUACAGAGGAAUCAGGAGAGGAGUCGGUGAUGACAGUGUGUUUGGAUGGGAUGAUCAGUCCUGGAGACUGAGCUGCUCUGAUGGUCGUUACUCUGUCUGUCACAAUGACAGAAGAACAGGCCUCCCUCUCUCCUCCUCCUCUGAGAGAGUAGCAGUGUAUGUGGACUGUCCUGCUGGCUCUCUGUCCUUCUACACAGUCUCCUCUGACUCACUGAUCCACCUCCACACCUUCAACACCUCAUUCACUCAGCCUCUCUAUCCUGGGUUUGGAUUUGGGGCUGGUUCGUCAAUGUCUCUGUGUCCUCUGUAGGAAGACGAGUCUCCUCCUGUCUCUAUCCAUUAUAAAUCUAUAAAUCAUGUUACAUAAUGUGCUUUAAGCUAAUG